GCAUCUCCCUACUGAUCUCUGGUUCACCACAAUGAGUAGGACGCUAUCAAAAAACUAGAUGCUAUAGUAAGGAAUACUGAAAAAUACCGGGCGCUAUCGUGAUAAAAUCGCGUGUUUUUCCUGCGUUUUGAGCGCGAAGAGACCGUAUACCAAUGCCAGAAACAGCACUGCAGCCCCCGAAGGAGACUAUGGUACGUGGUGGACGUGGCGGAAUGAUUCGGGGUGGUAGAGGUGGUAUGGGUAGAGGACUGGGUUUCCAGAGGAAACAAUUCCUACCUCGUCACCCUUUUGACUAUACUCUCUGCGAAGCAGCCUUUCCACGCGUUAAACCGGCUGCUGAUGAAGCAGAUUUCACCAGUGCUCUUCUUAAGAAGAAUUCUGAUAUGUGCCCUACGCCAAAGGAACAAACUUCUAUAUUAAACCUUGUUACCAAGCUACAAACUGUCCUUGAUAAUUUAAUUCUUGCUCCUGGAAGUUUUGAAGCCUGUCAAUUGGAAGAAGUCAGACAGGUUGGAAGUUUUAAGAAAGGAACCAUGAUAAAAGGUCACAAUAUUGCUGACAUUGUCGUGAUCUUAAAGACUUUACCAACCAAAACUGCAGUGGAAGCUCUUGGUACUAAGGUUUACACAGAAUUAAAAACUGCAAAUGCCAAAGAAGUAUUCCGUUUGACUCAAACCGAACGAGGUUUUGACAUUGCUAAUAACGAAGCAACUGUAAGGGUAUUGAUUACCACACUACUUCAAAAUCUUAGGAAAUUGGAGCCAGAUCAGCAUUUAGAUGUAAAAAUCUGUCAAGGCCACUUAGCAGCUAUCAGACACUCUCGUUGGUUUGAAGAGAAUGCUCAUCAUUCCACAAUAAAGGUUCUAAUCAGAUUGUUACGAGACCUAAGAAGCAGAUUUGAAGGAUUGGAACCUCUAUCACCGUGGAUGUUAGAUCUACUCGCUCACAACGCAAUCAUGAAUAAUCCUAGUAGACAAGCAUUACCCAUAAAUCAAGCAUACAAACGUGUAUUACAACUCCUGGCUUCAGGACUUUUCCUUCCAGGUUCAGCAGGAAUCUCCGAUCCUUGUGAAGGUGGCAACAUUCGAGUUCACACCGCCAUGACACUGGAGCAGCAGGACCUAGUGUGUCUGACAGCACAAACUCUUCUGCGCGUCCUGUCACAUGGAGGAUACCGGCCAUUGCUGGAAGGAGGUAACAAACUAGCCGUAGAAAUGAGCGUCUGGGCUGGUGGGGUAGUGGCUAGUCCUUUGGACAAGGCGUACGAGCCACCUACGGAACAAGAGCAGCAAGAAGACAUGGACGAAAGCAACGAAGAGAUGAUAACUGAAAGUGGAUAAAAUUCCACUAGUUAACAAAUUGUACAAUGACAUUUUGUGUUACCCAAUAUUAUUUUUAUGUAUAUUCGUAAUCAAUUUCGACGUCGUGGCGUACACUGAAUGUAUUUUAUAUCUUGGACAACGUUUUCGUCCAAGACUGUAUUCAAUCAUGUGCAGUUUACAA